ACAUCUGAACUAGCACUGGAAAACAAUCUUUAGGAGCACAUCUACAAAAUACUAGUUUGGUGUAGGCCUACAGGAAAAUAAAUACACAUCAUUAUGUCUUCACCGUACACCACCGAGUUUGGAUCCCAGAACUUGACCGUCGUGGUCCAGCAGCCCACAGUUUCUACCACCAUUGUGGAGAACGACUGGCACGCCUCGCUUUUUGGUUGUUGCUUCGACUGGAAAAUUUGUUUAUUCGCGGCGUGCUGCUGGCCAUGUUUUGAGUGCAAAGUGGCAUGUGAUAUGGACGAGUCGUGCCUGUUGCCAUUCUGUGUCCCAGCAUACCAGAUAGCACUGAGGACCAAACUCAGAACGCGGGAACAUUUGUCGGGUUCGAUCCUAGGCGACUGUGGCAUCGCUUGCAUGUUUCCAUUCUGUUCACUCAUUCAAGUUGCCAGGGAGAACAAACACAGAAAAGGUUAAAGGUCACACGAAAAUCA